GGUGGGGGCACGUUGGAUCCGCCCCUGAUAUUUAUCAGCAUAAAAAACCUUUUUAAAAAAUUCACUGAAGGGCCAACUAUUUGAAUCAUAUCUACAAUUAAAAAUUUGAAUGUAAAAAAAUCCCGUCAACGGGCAUUGAGAUAAUCUUUUGCUGUAUUCUUUUGCAUAGACCCUUAAUUUACUAUAACAAUUUAAGGGUAUUUGUUGAAAAUAGCCAAUCAGCAACAAAAAAAAUAAUAAUUUUCUUGUCUCUCUGCAUUUGAAGAUUUCUUAUAUUGAUCCUUAAAAAUAAAUUCACAUUUUUAAUUUAAUUUUUCAGUUAUUUUACUUUUUUUGCAGACAAUGCAUCUUUAUAAUUCACACUAGAAGCGAAUAAAAAGACAACUUAAAAACGGCCAUUAGUUUUCCAAUCCGAAAUUUUUGUUGGCAUCCGGACUGUUUCGGCUGUAAAUUCGUCCAAGUUUUAGUUCGCACAAGUAAUACAUUCACUCGGCGCUCGAAGUUCUGCAUCCGCUCGACUAUCGAAUUAGUUAGCGGCAUGACAAUUAGGGCCUAGCCUAGUUGCCCUAAAUAUCAUUUUUAAUGUUUCAUAAAUUGUGAAUUAGGUUACCUAUCACUCAAUAAGUAUGAUAUGUCUUUUUUUGUCCAUUGGUGCUGGACUGUGUGCAGCUUUAGGCUCAGUUUGUGCGAAAUUGGCCUUAAAUUCAGACAUCCUAAUACAAAUGUGUACAACGGGGGCGACAACAGUUUUCGCUGCCUUGCCUGCCUUUGGAAGUUGGCUCAGCCUUCAAGAUGGAAGCCUAGGCCUACGCAGCAAAGCAACUUGUGAGACGAUUUCUAUAUAUUUGCAAGUUAUGUCAUUUGCUGGAAUCUUCAUCUUCAAUGCAUUCAUGUGGACAUUGUUUGUUAAAUCUCUGCAACUUUCCAAAGCAUCAGUCCAAGCAACUGUAACGAAUAGUGCUUCUAAUUUUUUCUUCUCUGCGUUGAUUGGUCAUUUAGUAUUUGGCGAGGCCCUCAGUAUACGAUGGUGGAUAGGCUCCAUGAUGAUAGUUUCUGGUCUCAUCCUAAUGCAGAGAGCCUCUGCAAAAACAGUAUCCCAGAAGCAGGAGCAUGUUGCAGGAGUAGAAAGGAAAGACAAAUGAAUGGUGAUUAUUUCCAGAGACAUUUCUUGUACUGUCAGCAACAGAUAUAAUGUGUUAGAGCGCCACCUAGUGUUUAAAACUGUGUUUUUAUAAUGUUGUUAAGUAGAAUAGGAUUGGUGUUAUUGAGGAUGAUGAAAUCAGGAAAUAAUUGAUAUGAUAUGCUGGUAGCAAAACAAAUGUUAUGGUUGUUGUCAUGAGCCAGUAUUCUUCCUGGUGCGUAUUCAAAUCUAAACAUACUGAUCUUGCCAUUCCUGUUAUUGUUAUGUUGAGGGUGGGCAUUAAAAAGGGUCGGAGAGCCAAAGUGAAUUUUUGAUUUAACACUGAGGGCCGCACCUAAACUUUGAUUUUCCAGUGUGCUUCCAAAAACUUAAAUGACUGCUUUUACAUUACUUUAUGCUCAGUUAACUUUAACAGAUGAUCGCUUUCAGGCCGUAAAAACACAUGGGGUUUUCUAGCCAAAGGUUGGCGGGCUGCACACAGUGAUUUUAAGAUAUGUGGCAAAGACAAGCCAAACCAGUCACUCAUCGCAAAUCGUGUUACAGAGAAAAUGGCCAAAACAUGCUGGAAUGUCAAAUUUUUAAAAAUCCAUUUUAUUGCACUGAACUAAACUUGAUAUAUCUAUAGUGUACAUCAUUCUAUGCUGUUAUUUUCCCCAUUUUCAAUGUUAAAACAACAAUUUUUAAGGAUUAAGAUAGUUUCUGCAUGAGAAAUGCCUGAAAUCAUAAACUUUGAAGGCUGAUUUCUCAAAUAU